AUGACGUCAUAUCCGGGAUUUCCCCGAACUGAGUCCGGGGAUAUUAAUGUAUUUUGGCAAAACACAGAAGUACAGCGAGGAGGCCAACUUUUAGCAUGCGUAGCUCGGCUCUAAGGGGCUAGCCAAGUUUAUGGGGAUGGCUUACUACUCAACUAAGAGGAAAUUCGGACCCAAGAUCCAACGAUGGCAGGAAGAAUUGAAUACAGAGUUCAGUGGCAGGCUGUUACCAACUCCGUUGUUUAUCGUAGAAACAAAAACGUUUUAUUCUAGGAAUUUUUCAAAUGGACAAAUUACAGGGAAAAAGAUCAAAGUCAGACUCCAACGUAGACCCUUGAUGAAUGGCUUUGAAAAUAUACACGUUGAACGAUUCAAUGCAGGAUCCGUCGGUAGGAACCAUGUCUUACAUCGGUGUAAAUGGCCAGAGUGUACAAAGAGCAGAGAUCUCACAAACAACACUAGAGAAUCAUCAUAUAUUUGUCAAUUCCAUCGUAGAAGAAUGGAAAGAUAUUUCACUAAAAUGUGUGCUGAUAACAGUGUUGUUAUCAACGGAAGGUAUUCUCCUGGAGAUUUUGAAGGCUACACUGCUUUAAUCGAGUUAUUUCAAAGUGCUUUUCUUAGAACCAGUGCUGAUUACCAAGGAAGGACUGAGAGGGGAAAGCUACUUCAAGAUCUGUUCCUGAAUGUGAGAAACUUUCUUAUUAUCGUGAGCACCUUGAUAAAACCAGAUGAAGAUUUGCUGAGUUCCUUCUUACCACAUAUCAUGGGCAUUACUUCAAAAAUAGUCAAGACACAUUACCAGCACAGUAUUGUAAACCUUGUCAGCUUUAUGCAGCACUUUGUUGAAUACAUUCUCUUCUUCUUUGGAAUUAUAAACCCAUGGGAUACGUCAUUUCCUGAAAGCAAGCCUUACCGUCAGAUUGGUUCAGGUUUAGGAGGCAUGGUUGGUGUGUUGGGUCUAUUAGCAGUGAGUCCACCAUGUGCUUUAGUUGCAAUGGGUGCAGGAGUAUGGUUUGGGGCAGUAGUUGGUGAUACAUUGUACAUUACUAAGAAAAGGAGAGAGAUGCUCGAUAGCAGUUUUUGCAGGUAUCUGAUGUUCAGACACACACAAAAGAAUUGCCAAGGAGAAGAUACACCCGAAGACAUGACCGAAGACAUGAUUUAUUUAUCAGGAACUGAAUAUGGUGAUACAUUGCUGGCUAUUGUACUAAUAGUACAAGCAUUAGUUAUAUUAAUGGCCCUCUAGACAGGGGUGUGGCCAAGGUAUUAUGUGCGUUCCAUGAUACAUUGCUGGCUGUCCUAAUAAUAGUACAAGCAUUAGUUAUAUUAAUGGCCUUCUAGACUGUCAAGAGUUUGGCCAAGAUAUAAGGGACUUUCAGAUUUGCAAAAUCAAUGACAGCGACAUAAAUAGAUAGAUAGAUAGAUAGAUAGAUAAACUUUAUCUACCCUCGGCUUUAAAAUGAGACUUGCUACAGGUAGGCCUCUAGCAUAGCUGCUAAUGAUCCGAGAAAAAAAGAGGUGAAAAUAUAACAAGAAAGAAAA